UGUCGCGUUGGCCAUGGGGGCCCGUGGGGUCUGGGGUUCGGCUGGGCUGGUGCAGGCGUUGGGAGUCCGAGCCACCACUUCCCUCCCCUCUUCCAGGCACCCCUUUCCCAGCCGGGGGGAGCUGGUGGAGGUGUUGAGGGCCUGCAUGGUGGAGCAGAAAGGACCUCUCGUCACACUUAACAAGCCUCAGGGCCUGCCAGUGACAGGAAAGCCAGGGGAGCUGACCUUGUCCUCCGUACUCCCAGAGCUGAGCCAGUCCCUAGGGCUGGGUGAACUGGAGCUGCAAGUGGUUCGAGCCACUGAAAAGGAGACCUCUGGCCUUGUCCUCCUCUCCAGUUGUCCCCAAACAACAAGCCGACUGCAGAAGUUCUUUUCCACCUCCCAGAGAGCCCAGAAACCCAUAGCUACCUACUGGGCUGUCACAGAUGGGGUCCCAGCCUCUGCCGAGGGGAAGAUCCAGGUGGCGCUGAAACUGGAGCAUGUGGAUGGCAUCCAGGUUGCAGUGCCAGUGAAGUCUGCUUCCCGUAAGGACAUCCGUGAAGGUGUUAAGAGGACCCUCAGCCACUUCCAUGUGGUGGCCACGGGCUCUAGCUGUGCCCUGGUCCAUCUACAGCCCCUGACAGUGUUCCCCAGCCAGCUGCAGGUGCACAUGGCCUUACAGCUCUGCCCGAUCCUGGGGGACCACAUGUACUGUACCCGCGUGGGCUCUGUCCUGGGCCAGCGUUUUCUGUUGCCAGCCGAGAGCACCAAACCCCAACCACAGGUCCUGGACCAAGCCCUCCUGGAUCGCCUCCACCUGACCCCGGCGCAGGCUGCCCGGAUGCCCCUGCACCUCCACCUCCACAGCCUCCACUUGCCAGGACCUGGGCCCCAGGAUGAUCCCAUGCAGCUGCUGGCCCCGCUGCCUCCUUAUUUCUCCAGGACCCUCCAGCUUCUGGGACUCAACAAGCAAAAUAGUCUCAUGUCUGUGCCUGCCUUUUCCUCACAAAGUGGAUAAAAUGGGAAGACGCUGGCUUUGAGGAACAGCUCCACUGGCAGCCAGGCUUUGGGUCACUGGCUGUGUUGCACAGGCAGCUGACUGACUGAUACAAGGAGCUACAUGUUUCCAUGUAGCCUUGAAGCUUCUUAGGGCUCCCUUGGGCGUGUCCUCUGCUGAGACUAACUGGAAACAGCCAUUGUCACUCAGGGCAUUCCCAGUCAUGUUCAGAUAUACCCUCUGCAGUUGUCUCCUUGAUUGUUCUUCACAGCAGCUCCCCAACCUGACAUCCAUGGUCCCCACUCUGAAUCUUACUCUUCAGGGACUGCAGAGAAAGCUAGUGUCUUUUAUUCAAACCCCCAAAGGACUCAGGAGGGAGGGGAGAUGCCUCGAAUAUACAGGGUCUCACAUGGAAGCCCUGGCAUGGCAUGACUCCCCGAGCACAGUCGGAUGAAACUCUGGUGACCCCUAGUACUGCCAGACCCAUGCAGUGCUAUGUCACUGGUCUGAGGAUUGAGCUAUUAAGCCUAGUUGGCCAAGUAUCACUGGCAAUGCCCCCCCCCCCAUAAAAAUAUAGUGGAUUGGGGACCCAGGAUGGCUCAGUGGUAGACUGUUGCAGAAAUGAAGUUGAGUUUCAUCUCCAACUCCAUUCCACCUGCCCAAAACAACCAGCACCACAGCCAGGCUAGAUUCUAGGUGAUAGGGGGUUGUCUUGGCACAGUUUAGUACCACAAUCAAGUGUGUGCAAACCUUGGUCAUCACAGCCACCACUUGGGAAUGGGAGAAGUUGCUGAAUGAUCUCAUGAAGCUGGUGUGUAUCCAUCUGUGCAUCCAGUGGGCACACGCUUUGCCCUGUAGCAGCUCAAGUGUGUUCCCUGGCACCACCUGGUCUCAUGAAUACUGCUAGGAGUGACCAGUGUGAGAGCUGGAGCUGGGAGUAACCAGUGUGGCCAAAAAAAUAAAAUUUUGAUUUAAAGAAUAAA